AUAAUCAGAACCGUACUUAGAACGUAUUAAUCGUGACACGAGACUGAUCUAAAACGUGAUAAUUUUUUCCUGUCUUGAAAUAAUUAAAAAAGUGUGGUUGGUAUCUCGCGUCAGUCGGCGAAAGUCCCUAGCCCCCCCAAAUCCCUGUGUUUAUUUAACCCUUUUGAAAUGUUAUCUCGGUGAUAAAGCGCCCAAGUGUUGCCCCCUUUCGCCCCAAUCGUCUAAAUUCGGGCCCCAAGCCCUUAAUUUCGCCCUUAACCUCACUUCUCCUGUCACUUGUCACUCCCAACUGUCAUUGUUAUUAGCCCCCAGAGAGCACCAUGUCGUUCGCUUUGCGCGUCAAAACCAAAACGGGGCAACAAGUGAUCAAAAACCUAACACCUGAGCACACGAUCAAAGAUUUGAAGCGCCAGUUGUGCUCCAUAUCGCAGAUCCCCGAGGACAGGCUCCAUGUGUUGUCAGGGUUCCCCCCGAAGGCGUUCGCCUUGGGGGACGAUGGUCUCGAGUUGAGUCGCAGUGGUCUCAAGUCGGGCGAUACCCUGAUUUUGGAGGAGAAGGCCCGGGAGACUGCGCCCCCCUUGCGGGGCCAUAUCAGUGAAAGUGUCGACUGUCCGGGGAUUCUGAUGAAGAAGGUGGUGCCGGCCGACAACUCGUGUCUUUUCAGUAGUGUUUACUUCGCCCUGAACGGGAAACUGGACGAGAGUGGCACGGCAGCCCCCUACAUGAGACAAGUGAUUGCCGAAACGGUGGCCAGCGACCCCGAGAUGUUUUCCGAGGCGAUUUUGGGGAAACCCAACCGUGAGUAUUGCGCCUGGAUCCAGGACGACAAGUCAUGGGGGGGCGCCAUCGAGUUGGCCAUUCUCUCGAAUCACUAUGGGUUCGAAAUUGCCGUCGUAGACACGAUCAACGCUAUUAUCAACCGGUUCGGGGAAGACCAGCAUUACACACUUCGAAUUUUUCUAAUGUUUGAUGGUAUACACUAUGACCCCCUUUUUUUGGAAUCGUCCGAUGGGGCGAGUAUUCAGACGAUUUUUCCCACUGAUGAUGAUAAGGUUUUACAAGAGGCGCAGGAAUUAGCGCGCGAGGCGAAGUCGAGUCGACAAUUCACUGAUGUUAACAAAUUUACGCUAAAAUGCAUGAAUUGUAAUAUUUUCCUUAAUGGACAAUUGCAGGCAAGGGAGCAUGCGCAAAGUACGGGACAUACGAAUUUCGGGGAAGUCUAGCACUGCCAGUGACCAUUUUCUAGACUUGUUUUAGAUUUUUUCAAGGGGAUUAAUUUAUUAAGAAUAAAUAAUAAUUUGUACAAA